CGGUCUUCUUAAAUUUAUUUAUUCUGAAGUUUUUCUUCUAGAGCCAAGAGCAGAAAACACAAAUCACUUCACCUCUGCCCACACUGCCAUCUCUUGGAAUGGAAGCAAAACUGGAAACUUGCUGAUAGAAUCUCACAGUGCUGCGUGAAGGGCAAAGGAACCACUUCUGGAGCAGCUCACUUGGGCACAAAGGCUGGAGAGGUUGAGCCAGAAUGUCUUCUGAAGUCUUUCUGAAGGAAAUGCAAACCAUUGGUGAGAAACUUCUCCUUAAGCUCCAGAAACUGCCCAAGGCUGACCCUGUGGAGAUCGUGUCCUUCUGUGUGGUGCUCCUAUUUAUUGUAACUGUUCUCGUGCUGAUGAUCAUUGCUUGCAGCUGCUGCUGUUAUAGCUGCUGUAGCUGCAAUGAGGGUCCUGACCACAGACGUAGGAAGGCCCAAGUCCGCCCGACUGCCCAUCCAUGAAGUGCAUCAAGAGGUGACAUAACCCAUUAUCAAGGACGUGCAUGGACAUCAUGAUUCAGUCCCAUGGGAAUGACUCUCUGCACUAAUGCACUGGAAAUGGCAAUAACAAUAUUAAUGAUUAUGACUCAGAGGACCAGAAAUCACAGCAUAAAAUUCAUUCUUUCUGUGACAGCUACGGCUGGGCUCCACGGUGUGAGCAGAAAGGUAACACAACUUUACCAUAACUGUCUCCAUGUUUGGGGUGGGUUGGGAGUGCAUAGACACCAGCUUCUGAUAGAACAGACACACUUACCCAAUAACAGCCCUGCAGCUGGGCUAGCCAAGGGUUCCAUUUGUGAGCAUCAGGCCACACACCGAAGCGAGUUGCCACUUGGAUAGGGGGCACCUACUCUCUUCACAAGUGGCUAAACCAGAAGGAUGAUACUGGGUGCUAGCAAAACCACUGACAUCGCUGGGAUGUUGACAUGCUCAGUACAUCUUGGAUCAAGCCCAAACCUGCUCUCUCAAAAGCCAUGUGCAAUAGACACCUUUAGCUGAGAUGACUGCUGAAAACAACAGAUUGUCAACCUGAUGUAAAUAUGCCACCUGAGACUCUAUGUACAGCUCCCUGACUACAAAUAGUCCCUGCCCUCUUUUGUGUCACAACGAUGUGAAACUGUCAAAAAGAAAAAAAAAAAAAAAUACAGAUCAUGUGCAGUUCUCUUUGUAAAGAGAAAGAUGAAGGCAUUCAAGAAAAAUUCACUGAUGUUACAGUUUAAUUUGAUAAAUGUGCCUCUUCCCAACCUCCAUGUGGUAGUUAGGUCUUUCCUGAAUUCUGCUCUUCUGCAUAUUGCAGGUGAGUGGUCCUUAGAGCAUGGGAGUUACAAGAGACAAACAAACCCUCAUCCUUACUUGAGGGACCUGUGUGCCUGACUCUGAGCACCACGUGCAGCUUAUUUCAGUGGACAUAAACAAUGUGCCAAAGGGAUCUGGAAUGCUCUGAGCACUAGCGAGCAUGAAUCCUGAGCUUCAAAAAGCAGAGGAAGGCAGACUACUGAAAAACUGUUUCAAACACAGCAGUUUGAGUUUGCCUGGAAGAAACUGCAAGGGGAAACAGUUACUUCAGUCCUGAUGAUACAAGUGUUCAAAUAGCUCCUUUCCCUGAGAAACAAAGCAGAUCACAGCCUCUUCAGAAGAUGCAGCUGAAGCUUCACUGACCACUUAAUGGAAAGGCUUCUAUUCCGUAAUGUCACCUGUUAGACUUCAAAGAGACUUACUUGGCUUGUGAAAAACAAAUUUCCUUCCACUCAUAUCCUCCUUCUCCUCUCUCACUUCUCUUUAACACUUUCCCUCUGUUAUUCCUCAGUUAAGAAAGCAACAGGGAGAGUUUAUAUUGCAGCUAACAGCAGUACAAGGUUCUAUGACUUCAACCACCUAAUCUGUCAUGAUGACAUUUGGACUAGAGGAUAGAGUUGUUCAGAGUUCACUUUACACAUAGCAGCCUCCUAACAGAACUUGUAAUACAGAUAGUGUCAAGACCCAAAAAAGAACUUCCUCUUCUCCCCGUUGCAACCUUCCUAAGAUAGGGAACACAAAAACACUCCAAAACCUCUCAAAUAGGUGUAUGAGUGGAUAAAGGCACGGAGAGGAAAAAUUAAUGACAUUGAACUGAGUCUUUCUAAUUAGGCUCAAAGCCCCACCUUUGCAGGAUAGCCAGCUGUUAAACAUUUACUGCAGUGCAAAUAGGUAAUUUCCAUGCUAAUUCUACAGCUGUCCAAGUAUAGCAAAGGGAUCUUUGCUAGGUUAAGAUAUUUUCAAGCAGGUGAAGAAGAGGCAUCAGAAGAACUGCCUGCUGCAAACUCAACAGCUUCAGCAGGGUGGAAGGCACCAUGUCACCAGUACAAGAGAAAUCCUCAGCUCUGGAAGACCUAAGGAGCCAGAUUGCAACAAGUGACUGGGCUAUUGCAGGGCUAGUGGUGAUUGGCAUCUUCUGCCUUGUUAUUAUUGCUUUCUUCUUAAUUGCAGCCACCUUUGGGUGCUGCUCAUCACCAAGACACAAACGGACUAGGGCAUGAAUAGUGAAACUGAGGUGCAGUACUUGGAGCUCUGCAUUUAAGCAAGAAUCAGCCCAGCUGCAAUAUGUUGUUCUCAUCUUCUGUCCUCAGGUGGUUAUUUCUCCCCAUACAGCUUUCCCACACUGAGAGCAAUUCACCUAUGCCAGCAGGUUGUUCUGCAAGUCCAGAGCAAACUCCACAGAAGGCAAUUUGUAUUCAGGAAGUGAAUGAGGACUCUGGCACUUUGUUAAUUACGUCUCUGCCUGAUUUUUGUCUUUCAAGCAAAACCACAGGAUAGACUUGCCAAGUGGUCAGCAACUACCUGAAAAUAACGAAGAUCUCUUCCACUACUGCAAUUGUUUGUUUUUUCUAUUCUGCAAAUGGGCAUUAGGAAACUGACCACUGAAACUUUGUCUGAAUCAAUUCUCUAAAAGCAGUUUAAACAGCUGUUCUCCUAUCAUACUCAAACAAUAGCCUAAAUACACUAUGCAAAAAUUUGCCUGCUAGAAUACAAAUGUCUGUACGUGUUCUUAUUUAAAAUCUUGCAAGGUCAGAAUUUCAGCUUUACUUUUGCUGUUUGGAUAGUGAACAGAAUUGUACUAAUUCAAAAUGUAAAAAAGAAAUGUGAUGUAGUAUUUCUUCAAAGAGUGUCUUAGUUUCUUGUACAGCUGCAAGCAGAGAAGUCAGGCAAUGGUGCUGUAAUGUGUGAUCUUGGAAUGCACAUGUUUUAUGCCCAUUUUUUAAGCUUGGGGAGGGUAUAACAAAACAACAACAACAACAACAACAACAAAAA